AUGGCGUCCGAGCGGGCCACAGUCCCCCCGGAUGUUUUCGUCAGCGACCUCUUCAAGCCUUCUGUCGAUUACAAAGAUGACGUAGGGUCGGAUCCACCCCCAAACGAACCGAACCCCAACCCCAGCGACUCCGCCGUUCCGGAGCAGGAGGCCAUGGACAUCGAGCCCGAGCCCCCUGCACCUGACGACUCGCCAGACUGGCGCUACCCCUUGCUGCAACGCCUCGUCGAUGGUACUCUACCUCUAGACCAGGCUGAGGCAAGGCGUGUGGCUCGUCGGGUCAAGACUUUUGUCCUCCUCGACGGGGAAAUGUAUAAGCGUAGCCCCACCGGCAUCCUUAUGCGUUGCAUCCCACGUCAGGAGGGUAUCAAGCUCCUGCAGGACAUACACUUGGGGGCUUGUGGCCACCACGCCGCGGCUCGAACGCUGGUAGGAAACGCCUUCCGACAAGGUUUCUACUGGCCCAUCGCCGUGGCCGACGCCACGGAGAUCAGCCCCGGACCUGCCUAG